CAGGAACGGUCCAUGACCUCAUAGAAUCAUUAUGAAUUCAUUAUGACACAUUUAGAAUCAUGAUGACUCUUCUAGAAUCAUCUUCAGAGUUGCACUUUUCAAUCUGUCUGCACUAUUCACAUGUGAUACGAUCAUUUAGACAGGCUUGUUUGAUAGAGGAACACAGUUAUCUAAACAUUUUAACUUGCGUCAUCCAGGAUUUUGACCAAUUCACUUCUUGUGUCAAAAAAAUAAAAGUCAUGUUGAGAAGAAGUCUUCGUUUGAGGGAUGCGGGCUACUACGCAGAGGAGGGGACUCCAAUCAUUUCCUACAGGGAGACUUGUUACAGGGUCUUUCAGAGAAGGAAAGGUUGGCAUGGUCAUCACCACGAGGCAAUAGGCCAGACCACAGAGACAUGGACCGGGGUCCCCACUCAGGCCGUUCCCACUCGGACCACAGCAGUACGGAUCAUCAGCGGUCUCUGCGUCCUGCUCCUUCUGGUCAUCGGAUUCCCACAUUGCAUACACAAGAGUAUGCAACGAAAAGAGGUGCAGCAGGAGGUGGAGAUCCAGCAGCAUGUGAUCAUGUUUGUUCCCCCGGCAUCAAACUUUGCGUUAGAAUCGCAAGGUGCCAGAGUUUUACAUUAUUUAUCUUCGGAUACAUUGUGGGCUCCAGGAUUUGGGAUAUGGGAUAAGAUAUACAGCUGGUCGUAUUCAUUCAAAACUCAGCGGAGAGUAAUCCAGGGACAAUCAUCUUUACUUCCUGGACAAUGCUGGCCCUUUUCAGGCGAGCAAGGGCAUUUAUUUAUCUCACUGUCCCACCCAGUGUCCAUCAGUAGCGUGACACUUGGCCACAUUACAAAGAGUCAGUCCCCAUAUGAACACAUCGCCAGUGCACCAAGGAAAUUUUCUAUCUAUGGAAUGAGGACUGCUACGGAGAAAGGAAGCUAUUUGGGAACACUGGUCUAUGAUCAAGACGGCGAAGCCUUUCAGACCUUUAAGCUGCCUAAUGCGGACAGAGGAGUCUUCCGAUAUGUGAAGCUACAGAUUGACAGCAACUGGGGAAACAGAGACUACACCUGCCUGUACAGCUUCAGGGUUCACGGUAAGAUGAAGGUGAAGGUAAAUCAAUCAAAAAACAUCUGAAUUUGCCUGAAUUUAAUUUACCAAAUUAGGAUUCCAAAUAGGAAUUUUGCUUUGGAUCAUAUUGCUCACAUUGUGC